GUCACUUGUUUCGGCGUGGAGUCGGCCCUCGAUUGAGUAAUUUCACACUUUGCAGGCCCGCCCCGGUGGCGGGGCAAGAACAGAGACCGCCCAUUGAUGACACCUGACCCCCGGCGGGGUAUAAAUUCCCCAGUCACCGGACAGGCCAUCAGAGUUCACCGGCCGACGUUGGGAAGUCAAGAACUGUGGAUUUUCUGCUCCGACACUCACCUGAAACACUUACACAUUGCACGAUGCACUUCCGCGUGGGAUUGGCUUUGGGAUUGGUGGUCCUGGCGGCCGUGGUUCGACCGGGAGACGCCACCUUUGGCAAGCUGAACCUUCUGCUGGGCGGCGGAGGCACUGCAGCCGGCUACGGAACUGGCUACGGCGGCUACGGCACUGGCUAUGGAGCUGGCUACGGAGCAGGCUAUGGCGGUGGAUACGGAUACGGAUCGGGCUACGGCUACGCCCCCGAGAACGUGGUGAAGGUCAUCAAGGUAUCCGUAGUGCCAGGAGCAAGCAGCUACGGAGGCGGAUACGGCGCGGGAUACGGAGGCAGCUAUGGAGGCUACGGCGGCGGCUAUUCCGGUGGCUUUGUGGGCGCGGCUCCGGCCAUCUCCACCUCCGCGGUGGUCACUCCCGUGGUGACCUCCGUCUCCACCCCGGUGGCACCUGCCGUUGGCCUGUCCGGCUUCGGAGGAGGCUUCAGCGGCGGAUACGGCAGCCUGCCCGCCUCCUACGGCUUCGGAGCCGGCUACGGAGCAGGCGGUGGCUUCGGCCUGGGAUUCGGAGCUCCUCCUCCACCUCUGGGACUGGCCUCGGGACUGUGCUGAAGAAACAUCAACGAACGAA